GUAUGUCUCAUUUGGAGUGGAGUUACGUAUAUGCAUUGGACAGGAAAGUAUGCCAAGGGUAGUCCAUACUGGAAUAACCAUAUCCUGGAUGGUAGUGGUCUAGAUGAUGGUACACUAUCCCAAUGGCUACACUCCCUAGGGUUUCCCAAGGAAAUGUUGAACAAUAGUGGUCCCGGUAAUAGAUGGGAUGUUGUGAUUAACAGUGACUUUGUACAAAAGUUUUUUAUGGGAUAUGCGGAUACUAGUGGUGGCAAUAACGGCCAUGGCAGGGACCAUGAUGGUAGUACAUUUAGGAGUGCGGCCGGUAUGAAUUUCGCUGGAUACAUUCAUACCUUAGAGAAGAGUUGCACAGCUACUGCAGUAGUACUGAUAGUACUAUAGGGUUUGGUAGCACUAGUGGUGGUGAACUAUUGAUGAAUACUAUCAGAGAAUUAAGGGAAUGAGGAUAG